ACCCAACCCAGCGCAGACUUUUAACGAGCUGCCAGCCCAUUGAUACAUUCUAUAGCCCGAGAAAAAUCAAACCAAAAGAAGUCUCGUUGCAUGCGAAACUUGGCACAAGCUAAGAUGGCUGCAAAACCGACCACCAUGGACCGCUGGGUCCUGACGCAGAGACCGCAAGGCAAGUUCGACGCGUCGCGGGACGUCGCGAAGCGGACGGAGCCCAUCCCGGAACUCAAAAAAGACGACGUUCUCGUCGAAGUAGAAAUGCUGUCGGUCGACGCGUUCGUGCGGACGAUGCUCGACGAGCAGGCGUACCACGGCCGCGUCGAGAUUGGCGGCGCGUUGCCAGCGCUGGGCUACGGAACCGUCGUCGGAGCGGGCGCCGACGCUCAAUCACACAUCGGCAAGCGCGUCCUCGGCAUGGUCACCGCGUCGUCGCACGCCGUGGGACCGAUGAGCAUGAGCGAAGGCGGGUUCACGCAAGUGUUGAGCAUCCCGGGCGUGCCCCAGCGCCUGAGCCUGAGUCUGCUCUCGUUCGCGACGGGGCUGGCCGCCUACGUCGGUUGCUUCAAGGUCCUCAAGCCUCCUCGCGCUGGUGAGACGGCGGUGGUCUCGGCGGCGGCCGGCGGCGUCGGUUCGAUCGCCGUUCAGCUCCUGAAGACGACGGGCUGCCGCGUCGUCGGCGUCGCCGGCGGCCCCGUCAAGUGCGAGUUUCUCAAAAAGCUGGGCUGCGAUGCGGCCGUCGACUACAAGGCGGGCUCGUUCCUCGGGGACCUCGACGUCGCCUGCCCCGACGGCGUCAAUUUCUUCUUCGAUAAUGCGGGCGGUAGCACCCUGGACGCGGUACUCGAUAGUUUGGCGCUCCACAGCCGCGUGGUCAUCUGCGGCGCGGCGUCCCAGUACUCCGGGAACCUGAACGCGGGUCGCGACGCGAAGGGCCGCGGCGGCGACGUCCAGGGCCCGAAGACGUAUUUAAAAUUAGCGGAGCGCUCGUCGACGAUGGCAGGCUUCAACGUGAUGCACUACAUGACAUCUCUGCCCGGCGCCAUCGCCAAUUUGUGCUGGAUGCACUGGCGGGGAAAAGUAGUCGUCCACGAGCAGGUCGAGGCCGGUCUGGACAGCUUUCCGGCAGCGCUCGAGAAGAUGUUCUCCGGCGGGCACUGCGGCAAGAUGCUCGUCGACCUGUCUAAGAAGUCCUAAUUGUAUGCACACACACAUUGCC